AUGGCCUCGCCAGAGUUCUUUGGCUCAUUGAGCAGGAAACCCCCCACCACACUGGCAGAGCUAAUGAAAAGGGAAGAGAAGUACAUAAGGCAGGAUGAUGCCUUAGUAACUAGCAGGUUUGCUAAGGAGUCAGCAGACAGGGGAAAAGCCCCAGAAGAAAGGAGGUCGGAGAGGCAUGAGAAGAAGCAGAGCAAGAAGCCUAGCAAGAAGCCUGAGCCGUACAGACAACCCUGGGAUCGAAGGGACCAAAGACCUUUCCCUCCUCGGGUUCUAGAACAAAAGCCAUUCCCUCCACGUAUUCCAGAGAACCUGACCCUGCUCAACGCCUCCAGAGCCGAGGUACUCAUGGCAGUACAGGACAAGGAGUUCCUUCAAUGGCCCAGGCCUAUGAGGGCAGAAGCAAACCAGCGAGAUCCUGAAAAAUACUGUCAGUAUCAUCGUACACACGGCCAUGACACCAACAACUGCUACCAACUGAUCAGUGAGAUCGAAAGGCUAAUUAAAAGGGGCCACUUACGAAACUUUAUGAAGAAAUCAGAAGGAGAAAGGCCCCAGCCGAAUCCUACAGCAGAGAGGCCCCGGAGAGCUGGAGCAGGACCGGUGAAUGAUGGCUCUAGUGGAACCAUCAACAUGAUCGUUGAGGGAACUGGAGGUCGGAUGAGCCGAAGGGGAAAGAAGAGAGGUCGAGAUGGGGAAAACAGCAGCGCCGAAGUCAUACAGGUAGUUGAGCACUCUCCAGUGACCAUCACCUUCUCUCCAGAGGAUGCCCAGGAUGUUCAGAUGCCUCACGAUGACGCCCUUGUUAUUGAAGCCGUCAUCCACAACUACCGGGUUAAGAAGAUCUUGGUGGAUGAUGGGAGUAAGGUGAAUUUGCUGCCGUAUAGGGUCUUCCAACAGAUGGGAAUCCCUGAGGAGCAGUUGGUUCGGGGCUAG